GCAAUAGCGAAAUUUCGAGACCGAAAGCUUGCUCAAAUUUCGCGAUUUUUUUUGCGAUACCGCUGGGGAUGCUCUAAAUACCAUCGAACAGACACGCACAUAAUACACACAUAUUGCUAGUCGAGCCACAACAGCACACAAACCCCCAAACUCUCUUAUUGUUAUCCUAUGACUACAGGCUGGUUCCUCUUAUAAAAAAACUUCCCUUCUCCUUCUUGUCGAACACUACACAACAAAUUCACCACUUUUCUUUUUCAUAAACAACGUAAAAAAAAAGAAACAUCAUGGCCGGCCCAGGUGAUGCGAUGACAACGAGUAGCAGUAGCUCAACAACAACAACAACAACAACCACGACAACUGCUGCAGCACUCGACAACAGCAAUGGAAAUAGCAGCACUAGUAGCAGCAAUAAUAAACAUCGACCUACAUUUGCUGACCAAUUACAAACCUUUGACUUUCGUGGCGAUGCUGUUGAUAUGGCGCUGAGAAAGCUGUUGGCAAAGGCGCACUUGCCCAAAGAAGCACAACAAAUCGACCGAGCCAUGGAAGACUUUGCCAAACGGUAUCAUGAAUGCAAUCCAGGCCUGGCUGACAGUCCAGACGCUGCCUAUGCCGUUGCAUUUUUGCUGCUAUUACUUCAUACAGAUGCGCACAAUAAGAAUGUGCGACAAAAGAUGAACAAGGAUACGUUUAUUAUGCGGAAGGGGAUCGUUGAAGGUGGCGAGAAUGUGCCAGCUGAAAUAUUGGAUAUUAUGUAUGACAAUAUCGUGUCGACUGAAUUCACUUAUGCAGAAGGCAACGAUGACGAUUUGUUCAGAGCACGCACACCGACGUCCUGGUUCGGCCGAUUAGCGAGAAGUGAAUCCAGCAGUGCAUUGACACCGGCAAAUGCGGUCGAGGAUCUUUAUCCGAAAUUAACGCAGCUCAUGCCGCCCGAAAAUUCGUUUCAUUACAAGCGCAUACCAAGACCGAUCCAACUGAAUGAAGCGCACAUGGCAUUCCAUCACGCACGACCUUUGAGCCUCGGUGGUGUACGAGGUCGCCAUAAUAGCAGCAAUGAUGGCAGUAACACUUACACAAUCCGAGUUGCUAAAGCAGCCAUCAUCGAGCGCAAAUACGACAUGUUGCCAGGGGGCAAAAGGGCAACGGCCCGAGGAUGGCGACCGUUUGGUGUCAUUCUGAGUGGUACCCAAAUAAUCUUUUUCGCAGAUGUCUUGGCAUUUGACUCCUGGCUUGCCGAGGAAGAACGACGGGAACGUGAAUCACCACGACAGUGUUCAACAACAACAACAAGUAGUAGACCCGCCUCGGAACGAACGUCUUCAUCCUCUUCUUCAUCUAGCACACCACCACCCUUUCGAUUCCCAAGUGUAUCCACCUCAACAAUAGACACGACCAGCCAUUCGCAUUCGUUCACAUCAUCCAUCUACUCUACACACUCGCUGACGAACAGCAUUGUCCCUAUACCCUCUAGUCCUUCAACGCCCAUUAUUAACAGCAGCCCCAAUAACCACCACAACAACCUUCUUAGACCUGUACAGAUUAUAUCGCUCGCAGAUGCCGUGUGCAUUUACGACGAAUCCUACACCAAAUACCCACAUGUUUUCCGGCUAAUGACGGGCGACGGUCAACUAUUCCUGAUACGCGCUAAAAGUGAUGCUGACAUGGACGAUUGGAUGACCAAGAUCAACUACGCAGCAACGAUAAAGACGACAGGCGUACGGCUCAAGCCGUCGUCACCCUCAUCAUCAAGACACCAUCACCAUGGUGGGCGAUCAUCAGGGGAUCGAGUGAAGCGAGAAGAACGGGCCAAGGUCAAAAUUCUCGAAUUAUCUCAUAAAAUGGUUGAGCUGGAACGACUGCUGGAACGCGAUUUACAACUAAGGCGAAACUUGAUGGUCCUGGUGCCGCUACAAAAACCGAGCAAGGAACGUAUUCUUUAUUUUGCAGAAAUGGUUGGCAGACGCGUCCAUGCAAAACGGCUCGAGAUGCAACGAUUAGAGUGUUAUCGCGAGUUCUUGGAAGUAGCCUUGUCUCAAGCAGAAGCAGUAGCGGCGACCAUGACAACACGAAAAAUGUCAGCCCCACUCUUGUCGCGCUCGCUGGUGCCAGCCAAUAUUCUUGCAGCGCAUCGAUCAGCAACAUCGCCCGCUCUUGCACAAAUCGAUCGCGAGGCGGGUGGUGGUGGUGCUAGCAGCUUGCCGCCGCGCAGUUAUACAGUGAGUCCGAUGCCGUUUGAUGAUGAUCAUGGAGAAGUCAUGUGGAGCCAGACAGGAGAGGAUACGCCAUCAUCAUCGUCAGAAAUGCUCAAGCCAGCCGAGGACGAAAAAAGCACACGGAGGUCCUCGUGUCCACAGAUACCGCCUUUCCCAUUCACUAUGGAAGAAAUACCGUCAUCAUCAUCAUCAUCAUCUUCAGCAGCAGCAGCAGCAGCAGCAGCAGCAUCAUCAGAUGUAGCGGUAGUAAUAGCAAGGGCAAGUACAACCGGAGCAGCAGUAGGAGGAGGAGGAUCAGGAUCAAGAUCUGGAGAUACAACGCCACUGGAGAAACACAAGGACAAGUCUGUAGCGUUUGACGUGCCGUCAGAAGCAGAUGCCAAGAAUAGCAAGUGGAUGAGACGACGCAGUAGCAGUAAUCCAGUCAAGCCGGUAAACAACAAGCUUCUUGGAAACCGGGAAAGAAGUAGUUCGGAAGCAUCGUCAGUCCGAGACGAUGAUGAGCUUACGAUAGUAAACGUUGCGACGGGUGAUGACGACGAUCCAGACAAAAAUGAUGGAAAUGUCAAAUAAACGAUAAUCACACUCACUGUAAAGAAUCUGCCGGGCGAGAUCACUGGCUGUGUUUUUCCUUUGAGAGAUUUAAGCCCGCCACUGCAAUUUGCUGGCUCGUGACUUUUUCACUGUGGGUUGGGGGGCAGAGGUGAAAAAAGAGAACAGACACACACGUUC